CUCAUUUUACAGAUGAGGAAACUGAGACACAGAGAAGUGAAAUGACUUGCCCAAGAGCCGAGAUUACAACCCGUGUAGGUGUUCUAUUGAGUGGGUAACAGAGCUUCCCUCCCCUGCUUGAUCACUAUCAUCAGCAAAUUAGGUCAUGCACCAUUGUUUCUAGAAGUGGAUUUGUUCCUCUUGAGGCUUAGAGCUUGUAUCUUCACUAUCUGAAAGACGCACUAAAAAAGAACAGGGUAUUUCUUUGGGUUUCAACUUUUUGGGAACCCUGUCAACUCAUUCUUCAUUUCCCAUGGAUGAGUGAGUUAUGAGUUGUUAUGUUUUACACGUGGAAUCUUUAUUUCUCAUCAACGUCAGUUUUAAAUGGCAAAUAAUAAAUUCUCCAUGUGCACCAUUUACACAACUAACCAUAUACACCAAAUACACCAUUUAUACAACUAAGCCUUGGAAGCUGGGGAAUAAAAUGCGGAAAAUAUUCCUCAGUAACCAGUCUUUCUACAGCCUAAUUAAGAUUGGAUGAAUAUGCUUUCUGAGCCUGAAAUAUAUUUCAAAGUAUUGCAAUUACUUUCUCCAAGAACACACAAACUUAAUUUGCAUAUUAAAAUUUACCUUGGCAACAAUGAUGCCCUAUUUUUUUAAUAGGUUUAAUUACAAAAUUUGUCCAACAGAUUAAACUGACACUUGGCAGAACUCAGUCGCACUUUCUGAUAAAAAAAAUCUUUUCAAACUCAAAUGCUGGAUAAACCCACUAAUCUCCCAAGCAUAAAUUGUCCGAGGAAAUCAUUUUUAAUAGAAAUCAUUAACACGGGUUCAUUUCUGGUACAAAUGUGUUUGGCUGCUCUGAAAAAAAGAUUAUCCACUGGGAAAUAUUUUUUUUUUCUCUUGACCAUUGUGAUUCUUUUGGGGACAGCCAGACCCCUCCAGAUGGCACGUUGUUAGUGCUGGACAGACACGGCUUAGAGGGACUUUUCAACAGAUGAAGUCUGUAAUGUCAGGAUUUUUCUGGAUUUUUUUUUCUCCUGCAGUUCCCAGGGUGGGAAGGUGCUGAGAUGGAAGCAGAGGGGCGCCCAUCCACCUGCUACCACCUGUUCAUCCUUCAAACCCUCCCCUAUAAAUCCUCCUCCUCCUUUUCCUCUUGCCUCAUACAAAUGAUCAAGCUCUCCCAGCAGCUACACCAAGGAGGACGCAUUCUCUUGUGUUUGUUCUUUCUCUCUCCUUUCUCACUCUUCCUCCCCUCUUUCUAUCUCCUCUCUCUCUCUCUCUCUCUCUGUGUAUUAUUUUUUAUCACUUUUGUGAUAAAGAAUCCAUCAUCCUGGGAAGAACGUGGGGAUUUUCCCUAAGGAUCAAAAAGGCCUUCUCCUAUGCACCCAUCAGCACCAGACAAAACCUGUUUAACCUCUGAAACCACUGUGGGGAAAAAGGGACCGUUGUUUUCUAGGACUCCGGGGAAACAUCAUUCUUUUUUCACUUUUUACUUUCUCUGAAUCUGGAAGUGUGAAAAGAGCCUGAACAUUAAAACCUCACAAAAGAGGACAGCACCUUGCAUCUUUGCAGCGGAGAACGUUAAUUUCACCACCCUUCGCUGAGUGCACCUGAUGCUAUCAUUUGAUGCUUACAGAUAGUUCCCUCCUUGGCCUCCCAUGUGGGAACCAACUCGGGACAGGUAAAAUUAUUUCAUUCUAAGAGAGAGUGUUUCCUUUCCCCUCCCCUUCUCCUUCUUCGUUGCUGCAGGGUGGAAAGGGGGGUGGGGGAGAAGUGAACUGUCCUCAUUUGACUCUCCUGAAGGAUGAAGUCCUGCAAAUCUGGUGUCACGGAUUCCGGUCUGGAAUCGGACCCCCGGUGCCCAAGUGGGACCGAGUGCCUGGUGAAAUGCAGCUCGGAGAGGCUGGAGAACUCUGCCCGCAGGAGACUGGCAGCGAAUGCCCGGGAGAGGCGGAGGAUGCAAGGACUCAACACGGCUUUUGACCGCCUGAGGAAGGUGGUCCCCCAGUGGGGCCAAGACAAGAAAUUAUCCAAAUAUGAGACCCUGCAGAUGGCCCUGAGUUAUAUCAUGGCCCUGACCCGGAUCCUGGCGGAGGCAGAGAGGUACAGCCCAGGGAGAGACUGGAUCAGCCUCCACUGUGAACCCUUCGGCCCAGAGAUCUACCCUCAGUACGUGGGGCAGAAGUUGCCGAGGGAUAGCGAUCACUACGCUCAGAGGCUCUUUGGCUAUGCACCAGAACGCUUCCAAAUUGCCAAUUAGAACUAAUGAAUUACCCAGGAUGGGCGGCAGCUCGACUGAAGCACUGGCAAAAGUUAGCCGGAGAAGGUGAAAUGGUCCCUGGCGGCACUAGCUAUAUUUGAGUCUGGGAGAUGUUUGCCUUUGAAGUAGCUUGAAAGAGCUGCUGUUCUGACAGCUUGACAUUUUAAGAAGAAUAAGUCUGGAGGACUUCUUACACCUCCAACCAAGCGUGCUGGUCACUGGAACCGCUAUUUGCUUAUGAAACGGUGCUUAAUUUGUCAUGAAAUUGUUGUGGGAGCUCAAGCAAUUUAUGUCAUGUCGUACUUUAAAUGUGUAAUGACUUUGAAUGUGCAGUGAUUGGAUGGCCGUUAUUACCAAUGACAAUACCACUAUUAGAGCUUUGAACCUCCAAUUUCUGAGGUUCGAGGCUGAGGGUCGGUAGUCUUGCCGUAAGCUAAAACCUGUUUAUGACCUGAGGCGGUCCCUUAACGGAGAUGGGUAACCAUAGCAUUGGAUUACAGUGGGAAUUUUAAAUGUCAUUUUAUAGACAAUUCUUGUUUUCCUUUAUCUUAUUGCUUUGAGGAGAAAUUUUAAAUCUCAUGUAAUCUUAAAGAAAGAAUGAUUAGGGUAUAUUGCAGUCUAAUCCCUCAAAGAAGUAACUUCUUUAAACUUUGUAAGUUUGACUUGUGUGAGAUCAAGAAAUAUAUAGGCUAUGUACAUACUCUUGCUUCAAAACAUGUACCAUUUUUGUGUAUGCUCAAAACAGAGCUUAACAUCCAAUAGCGUAGGUAAUGUUUUACUUGUAACUCAGUUGUGAGAAUUCAGUAGAUGGGUUUCUAUUAAAGUUUGGGCAUGCCGAGAGCAACCUCAGUUCUUUUUGUAGAGUACAUGACUAUAAAUGUCCGGUAUUUAAAAAAAAAUACAUGGAGGAUUUCAAAAGAGUUUUGUAAAAUUCCAAUAAAAUCGUCGGCGAUUUAUCA